AUGGUUUAUGAGUUGAAAACCGAAAGAGAGUCCAGUUGCACGACACAGACGCUCAAAGUCGUAGAUCUGGCCGGUCAAAGGUUCGUGGUGCAAUCUCAAAAUGAUACCCUACGUUUCUACUUGUACGAUGACCACUCUCCCUUCUUGAAUUUGGCCAAGGUCCUCCAGUUCCCCCAUAAGGUGGAGGUAAUGGCCACCAUCCAGGCGCUUCCAAAGGUUCAAACACUGCUGGGAGUUCAAAGUCAGGAAUUGUUGAGAGUUAAGGGCCAGAACAUUCUUGUUUAUUCAAACGGCGUGAUCUACUUGGUCACUGUCGCCGAUUCAUCAUUCAAAGAAUCAUCCAUUGUUCUGCUUGAAAUCAAGCCCGGUCUCCAGCAGCGACUAGAAAGUGGUCCUGGACUUGUAUGUUAUCAGAACGGUACCCACAACGUUGCACUUCUACAUAAGUUACAUGGUUUCCUUACCUUCAUUGACUUGGGCCAGAUGAAUGGAAAGAACUCAAAGAAAAGAAGGAAGACGUCCACUCCGCUAUCGUGGACAACUGCCAUUGGCUCGACCGUGGUUAAGGACAUAUGCUGGCUACAACUGCAUCAGAUGGAACUAGCACUUCUAGGUAGAGAUAUGGAGUUCCGCUAUUCGCUCUACAUCUACGAGAUCGACAUGGAUGCGGGACUCAUCAAGUCCAAGACGUUGAAACAUCAGUUUAGAGAUGCUCCAUCACUUCUUUUCUCAGCAGCGGGUGGUGUUUGUGUGGCCAGCGGUAUCAUGUUCUCCUUUUUUCCUAAGUACCAACCCAUAGACCAUACGGGAAAGUGUGAUAUUCUCCGUAACCAAUAUUCCUCCAGGGCGGUUUUAGAUUUUUCAGAAAACAACCCUGAGUAUCAGUCGAUGACAUGGCUGGCACAUUGCAUUGUCGAUGAGGAAGAAGACGUAAGUAAGGAUACGAUAACUGAGAGGCACUUGCUCGUGUCUGAUGGUGGCCACACGGUUAUGGUCUACUUGCAAGUGAACAACAAGGCAAUGCAGACCAACAUCUUUGGGUUUGAAUACGUUGAUUUGGGUAAAACGACUAUUGCAUCUGAUUUGGUCCACAUUGAGAGCAACAUAUUCUUUGUAUCAUCCAGACUCUCACAGUCAGUGCUUUUCCGAGUUCUUCCAAGUAAACCCCACAUCCACAUUUUUGGUUACAUUCUGGUAACUCCUCCUAUUCUAGACAUAUCGAUAGAGCAAGAGAACUCUAGUAUGGUUGUUGCACAGGGUGGAUUCUACAGUGGAGAGUUGGUCCUACGUUCGAAUCGAAAGGUUGACGUCAAGAAGGUUCCCUUGCCAUACCUUGCACUUCUGGCUGAGUACAAAGGAAUCACCAGAAAUGGACUCAAGUUCACUGCCACCGCGUUUGAUAAGUCCCACGACUACAUCUUGAAACUCGACGACGAGCCUAAAAUUGAGAAUGUUGGUUCGCAUGAUGUGCAAUUGCUGGGUUCGAUAUCUACGAGGACUGCAAGUGGAGCUCUUGUUAGCGUGUCUUCGAAUCUCCUUUCCUAUGAUCUGGAAUGCUUGGAACUUCCAGAUCUUGUUGAUCCCAUGUCGAUCCAAACGGUGGAAGGGAAAGGGCAUACAGAUAUUGUUGUAGCUCUGUCCACAAACGAGUUAUUCUUGGUUCGAUAUGGAGGAGAACUCGAGUUUGUACUGAAGCAAAAAGUCCCCUUCACUGAUCCGCUCUCUGUUGCCAUAUUUUCGGUUAGUAAAGGCCCUCACCCAGUAGUUAUGGCUGUGAGCAGUAAGGGCGAGUGUUAUCAAUCAAUCGGAAAAGAAACAAAGAUUUUGCUGUUGCCACCAGUGAAAGGAUGGGUCAGGGUGAAAUGCUGUGGCGCAAGAAAUCCGACGUUGCUAUUGUUGGGAUCCACAAACGUUUGGGUUCUCUCGAAACAAACUGACUUGAACUCUGUGAAAGCUACAUUGGUUUAUACUUCCGAGGAGAGGAUUUCUGACUGCUUGAUCGUAGGAGACGAGAGAGAUGGCACGUUAGUGCUUUUUCAUGGUACAACCACUAUCAGUGUGGUGGAUUACCACACUCUUCAUCACGAGGAGAAAGUGGUGACCAAAUACUACUCGGAAAACACCUUUCUUAGGGCUGUAAAGUUGACACAGACCAACUACCUCGUCACAAUCGAAUUGGAAAUGAACAUUGAGGGAAAUGACCCUUCUAGGCGCACACUCUUGAAACUUUUCGAUGCUCUGAAUCUCACCUUGAGACUGACAUUUGUGCCUAAGUCCAAUUCCUAUCAUGCUGAUUUAUGCCAGGUGUUUAUCCCCGAAGAAUCCAAGUCAUUUACGAAACAACCAGUAUUCGUGGCUGCGAAUAACGCAUCCGCAUCUCUUCAGACAUAUCUUGUUAGAGAUGACACAAUCGUUCUCCAUAGCGAGAUGCCAUACCGUAAGUUAGUUGCGGUUAAUGCGCACGGUAAUAGAUCUGCAAUCCGAGCAGUUCAUCAGGUUAAGUUUAAGGAUGGCAACCUCAUCUUGAUGGGAGAUGGUAUAGUCAGAUUGCUGUUGGAAUGUAGUAAUGGAGAUAUUUCUUGGGUGGUUGAGAAUAUCCAAACUGCAAGGUUCGCAAUUGGUUACGAGGAAUUACACGGGAUAGAAAUUAUUGCCGAUGCUGUUGAGGGCAUACUUGUGUCACAUUUUGGGGAAAAUCGUUACCUUCAGAGUUUCAAGGUCGACCCGUUCAAGCCAUUCUUCCUUACUGCCCUCGCAGCUAUCAAAAGCAAGAACUUAAUCUUGUUUGGAGAUUCCAAUGGAAACUUAGGAGGGUUGCAUAUCGAGAGAAAGGAAGGAAUGGAAGUUCUGGUAAGCAUCGUGUUUGCUACGAAUAUCGGGGAAACAAUUAAUGUCAUAAGAGCUCAUAAUGGGGACGACCCUUUUUUUGCAAUUGGUACUGUGAAUGGGGCCAUUUACACCUUACAAGAGCUUGGCAGUCAUAGUGAUAACGUGGGUUUAUUGGUAGAUAGAAAGACGUUUCCAUGGCGAUUCGACGACGAGGAGAUAGGCCAAUUUGAGGUGACGAGAAGUUGA